CUCAAGAAAUUUUCAGGAAGGGAUAUUUUGAUGGGAUGCCCAGGUAAACAGACAAUACAGGGUGAGGAGGUGCUUAGGUCAGGCCCUGUAGCAGGGUCAGCGUUUAGAAAUGACCAGCCCAUGCUGAGCUUCUAAAGUGAGCCGGCGUAAUUACGAAGGACAAGCUGGCACCUGGAUUUUCAUCUUAGGAGUCAAGUGUGAACCAGGCAGAAGAGGAAUUUCAAAGCCCGCCAGCAGGCAGAGAUUUCUGUGUGAUUUUGCUCUAAGACCCGCCUGCAGGUGCGAAAAGGGAUCAGGGGAAUGUUGGUCGACGGAUUCCAGUUUCAUUAAUGAAUUCCUGGAGUUAAAAUUUCAGCCCCGCCCAACUUGUGGUCGUGGACAUAAAGCUGGAGCCCUGUCCCCUCCUGGGCUCUCAGUGAGGGACAGGAGGGAAGGACAGAGUCAGACUCACUGGGCCUGGGCGAUGGCGGGUCUGAGCCCCCGUCAGUCCGUGAAGCUGAACGAUGGACACUCCAUGCCAGUGCUGGGAUUCGGCACUCAUGCUUCUGAGGACACUCCUAAGAGCAAGGCCAGAGAGGCCACCGCAGUGGCGAUUGAGGUCGGUUUCCGCCAUAUAGACUCAGCAUACUUCUAUCAAAAUGAGGAGGAGGUGGGAGCGGCCAUUCGAGAGAAGAUUGCUGAUGGUUCCGUGAAGAGAGAGGACAUAUUCUACACCACCAAGGUCUGGGGUACAUGCUUUCGGCCAGAAUUGGUUCGACCGGCCCUGGAAAGUUCUCUGCAGAAACUCGGACUGGCCCACGUGGACCUCUUCCUCAUGCACGUGCCCUUUGCUUUCAAGGUCAGCUCUUCACUGUCCCGGGAGGUCCCUGACUGUGUCCUCACUACCACCAGCCUCUGGUCACCUCAUUGCUGCCUACUGGGGUCUUGUUGAAGGAGGGUGGUUAUGUGGGGGACUCAAGCUGCCUCGUGAUUCCUGAGUCUCCCUGAGAGCUGGCUGACCCCACCUUCAAGUCUGUGUGUACCUCACUCUCCAGCCUUCACAGGUGUUGAGGCCCAGUGACCUCCCUGCCUCUAUCUGGGAAAGUUGAGGCGUUGCCCAGGUCUGAGUGAGUGUCUCCUGUUGUAGCCCUUGGUGAUCAGGGUCCUCCAGGGUGUGGGCUACACUGACAGCAGAGAUAAGAUUGGGGGGGGUCCCCUCUCUAGGGACAGGGCCUCUGCCGGCUCAGUCUGAGGAGAUAGAGGUGGGGAGCCCCCCUCACUAGGGACAGGGCCUCUCCCGUGUGUGCCUCUCAGCCCAAGGAGACAGAGGUACCUGGGAGGACACAGAUGGCACCACAGGGCCCCUCAGGGCUCCCUGAACCUGACACUGCCACAAGGGACAUUAUCUGAGCACGGCAGGUGUUCUCUCUGUCUCCAACUUGGAUUUUCAUAAACUGGAGCUGAACACAUUGAAUAAUAGUCAUGGCGUGUCCUGUCCCCACAACCAGCCUGUCCUCGGAAAUGAAGGGACUUCUCACUGCAGGAGGCCUCAUUCCCAGG